GGGGGGGGGGGGGAGUAGGAGGACAUUGAAAGGGACCCUAUUGAUUACCCCCUUCGUUUUAUUGAUUAUUGCUACUAGUAUAGACAAACUACCAUAGUAUCUUUCUAUCGUAACACAAUGUUAUAAGGAAAAAAAACCUUCCAUAGAUGAUCUGACAAUUUUAUAUGUAAAAUUAUACCAACACAUAAAAAUGUGUGAUCAAAUUGAGAUUAAAAGUGCAAAAGUAAAAACGAAAUUUGAUGAAAUUAUGAUCAAAGAUAGGAAAAUCAUGAGAGAAUUGGACAAAAUUGUAAGUGAAAUCACAUCAGUGGAUAGGAAACCUUAUCUAAUUAAAAUUGUUAUUGAUAUCUGUCCGAUAUUACACUAUUCCCAAAACAGAACUUGUCUUUUUUGCGACCGCCCACGCUAUUUUUUAAUCUUUACUUCUGAUUGAAGUAUUUCACUGUGUGGAAUAAAAUAGUGUGCUGGCUAAUCGAAAGAAGUAAACAUAGACGGUAAGUUAAGGCAGCUUUGUUUUUCGAGUCAAAUUUAUGAUUUUAGUUUGGUGGAUAUGAAAAGAUCUUAAUAAAAAUCAAGUCAAAUUAAUAACGGAUUUUUGUUUGUUUGUUUUAGAGAUUCCAUCAUGCUGUUCAAGGUGUUGUUAUUAGCUUUAUUGGCAUCAGGCUGUGCAAGAUUCUUCGAAGAAAUAGAAGACGAAGAAGAAUUUUUCGGCAUGCUAAACGACCCUACACCUACACAAGUUGUGGAAAAUACUCAAUUACCUUCCAGUACAAAAGUCGCAGAAACUACUCAGUUACCUCCCAGUACAAAAGAAAAUAUUGUUGUUGGUUCGCCUUUUCCUCCUACAAAAAUAACAGAAAGAACUGGCGGUAAAGGAAAGAAACCUGAUGUAGAGAAAAUGAAUCCCUUACUCAUUAAAGAAAUGAUGAAGAACAUCGCAUUUCAACAACAGGUUAUGAAAAUCAUUGCAUUUAACAUCCACAUGAAAAUAUAUUCUUUGAUGAAAGAGAUGAAAGAAAUGAAAGAAUUCGCUAAAAACAACUUCGUCAAGAAGACAAAAUAAUCAAUAUGAUUGCACAAGGAUCGUGAACUAACUUUUUUUGUAUCUGUAUAUGAGUUUUGUAAUGAAAUAUAAACGAACGUG